AGUAACAACCUCAGCGUCUCCUGCGUAAGGCGGCCCUCCCUGCGUGAGCUCAUCAGCGCGAGCCCGCUGCACCCUGCAUGUCAUCUGUUAACCCGGGUUCAAGUUUGGAUUCGGGCUCGACGAGCAAACGCAUAGUGACAGUAAGUGAAGCCUAAACAGAAAUGUCCACAUCUAGUGCUGAACCUGAACCCGAUGCAGAGCAAUUUGGAGAUGAACCAAUUGAUUUGACCAUAAAGACUUCUGAGCCGACCCUGGUGUACCUUCAAAAGAACAUCCCUAUGAGAGAGGAGCAGCAGACUUUCAACAACAAGCCACCAUGUUCUGCACAGCAAGAUUUGGAGAAGUUCAGUUUCACCGGGAGAGCUGUCCUCAGAGGAGGCAUGUACUAUUGUUCAAUGUGCAACCGGGGUUUCAGCACCCACCGUGCCCUGCGGGUCCACCAACAGAGGCAUGGAGAUGUGCCUUACAGGUGUGGGGAGUGUGGAAAGCAGUUCAAUCAUUAUAGUACCUACUAUCUGCAUCAGGAAGCAGACGCCUGCAGACGUACUUUUGACUGCUCUGAUUGUGGCCGGAGUUUCCGUGAUAUUACUUAUUUUAAAAAUCAUCAAAAGAGCCACAAAGGCCAAAGUCCCUUCUGGUGUCAGAUCUGUGGAAAGAACUUUGCUAAGGCAGCUCAUCUCAAAUCGCACCAAAAGACUCAUAACACACAAUGCUUAUAUAACUGCAAGGAUUGCGGGAAGGUCCUGCAACAUAUUUCCGAGCUUGGGCAGCAUAGAUGCAGAAAGACACCAGAAGAUUUAUUUUACAAAUGCCCUGAUUGUGAAGCCAGUUUUGGCUCCCUUGCAAACUUGGUUUCACAUCAGCAAGAAAUUCACCACUCUUCUAUUCAACAGCCUUACCACUGCAAUAACUGUGGUGAGAGAUUCACAGACAGUGAAACCUUAAUUCAACACCAGAAGACUCAUAAGAUGAAACGUCAUACUUGUGGUGAAUGUGGAAAGAGAUUUAGUUACUUUGCUAAUUAUUACAUCCAUCAACAGCUUCACAGGGGGAAGCCAGAACUUGUGCAUUAUCGAUGUACCUUAUGUGAUAAAACAUUUUGGGAUAUAAAAGAGUUUCAUGAGCAUCAAAAAGAUCAUAAGCUAGUAGAUGGAGAAAAUGAUGAUAGGGAAGUGGGUUUGGAAGGAACUAUCUGUAGAAAAAAAAAUACCAUUAGUACAAAGUAUGAGAAACCAUGUUUAGAUUUAUCUGAAAGGCCUGAGAAAAACAAGGUUAAGCGAAAAGAAGACAGCAAAAGAUCAGAAGAGGAAUCUUCACACUUGGAGAUAAAAGAAAAAGAGGUAAAAGCUGGGGUAGAAGUGGAAGAAGGACAACAUAGGUGUUCUUUCUGUGGUCUGAGGUUCAAGAAAAAGUGUCAUUUGGAUGACCAUCUUCUUUUUCAUAGUGGCCAGAAGCCAUAUGUUUGUACUGAGUGUGGAAAAAUAUUUAGCCACUAUCCAUAUUUCAAGAGCCAUAUGGCAGUACACCAAGGAGCCAAACCAUUCGAGUGCCCUGACUGUGGAAAAGUUUUUUGUGUAAUUUCCCAGCUUAACCGACAUGUACGAAUUCAUUCUGGAGAGAAGCCGUAUCACUGCAAAGUCUGUGGAAAGAGCUUUGGUGAUAGUACAAACUGCAAAAGGCACCAGCGAUCCCACUUAAAGGAGAAGCCUCUGACACUGGCAGAAAUGUUACUCAGAGAUGGCAUCAAGAAAAGUACAGUGUCUAUUGGACCUGCACCUAAACGUGGACGUCCAUCUCGAUCGAAGGUAAAAGAAAGUGUUGUGGAAAUGGCCAGAUCACAAAGUUGUCAAAUACUGUCUAUGAAGGACAGUUGCUACUUAUGUAUGGAAUGUGGAAGUUCAUUUCAAAAUGAAUCGAAUCUUCAUAACCAUUACAUGCAGCAUGCGAGGGGGGAUCUGUGAAACCCUUAAUUUGAUGCAAGAGAUAAUUAUUUAGUUAUCUUGAUCACUCUGAAAAAAAAGUACUUUUUUUAUUUUAUACAAGAGUCCAUUCAUUUAGAAAGCGAUGUUGCUACUGUACAUGCAGACAGAUUCCAACAGUCAUUGGUACAUUGACUGCUCACUUUAAGAAGACUCGGAUAAGAGAAUCUGUUGGCAUAACGAAGCGCAAUUGGAAGUGUAAAAACAUUUUCAAAACGUGUGGCUCUUGAAAGACUGGUCUUCACCUGCAUUGUGUAAAUCUUAUUUACGAUGCCUUGCAAAGUUUUCACAUCCGUUAGAAGUCUGUAUAUGUGGUUGAAUUAAAAAUAAGAGUUAAAUAUCAAGUUAUAAUGCUAAAGUAGAAAAAUAAUUCAAGACAACAUUAGUUGUUAUGUCGGCAGGUAUCUUAAGUACACUGGCAUGAAAAAGUUUGAGCACCCUUGCUUAAACUGUCUGUUACUGUGAAUAGUUAAGUGAGCAGAAGAUGAACUGAUCACCAAAAGGCAUACAGUUAAAGAUGAC